GUGCUCGAGCGAUCUCAUUUCAUCGCAAAAAUGUCGCCAUCCGACGUGGAAAACUUCAUCACGACCCGCCAAAAGCCAGAAGACUGCAGUGCUGUGAUGUGCUCCACGCUCCUUGUCCUAGAAGAUGGCUUACGCAACCAGGGUAUGAGUGUUGCUGAGACCCUCCCAGAACUUGUCAGUGCAAUUGACAGUUCCGUCCAGCUGCCAUCACCAUGUAGAAACAUUCUGCACAAGAUUUGGAAAAAAGUGGAGGGGUGCAAGGAAGAGGGACUGGACAACCUUCUGAAAAUGCCGGUCAGUCAGAUAUACCAAGUGAAGGGGAAGGUGGACCCCAACAAGGUGGGGGAAGAAUGUGAGAAGCACGGAGUAACCCUACAUGUGUUGAAGAAUGGGUUCGAGACUGCCCAAGACAGAGUUCCGCUGACCAAAAUGAUGGCAGCGGAAAUUGAAACCUACCGAGAGAAGACAGGAAAGUCCUUCGAUGAAGUAAAGGGGUGGCUGGAACGGGUGCUUGGACAAGACCAGUUAAAGAACGUGAACUCCAGAAGCCUGCAGUUGUCUUUGAAAGGUCUGAAGAAGAAGGUGACGGACUUAAGGAGGCGGAGUUCUGGGAAGGAAAAGCUGAGGCAGUUGUGUGAAGAGCCAUACAUCCCACCAACGCCUCAGGCUCAAGUCCAACCUCAAGUCGAUGAACCUGGACCGUCAAGCCACUCAAGGUCUUCACUUGGCAAGUGGGAGGCCGCACUGCAGGACAGAAAGCGCCUGGAGGGGGAGGUGAAACAAAAAGAGCUGGAUACAAAAGAACUGCUUGCAAAACAGUCAGCUCUUGAACAGACUGUAGCAAGAAUGAAGCGGAAAAGCGACCAAGAUGAGAAACUUAUGCGAAAGAAGCAAAGACUGUUGGAGGAAAGAGAAACAAAAGUGAAGGAGAAGGAGUCGCAGGUCAAGAUGAAGAAUGUGAAACAAAAGUAUAGAAGGAAAGACAACAAAAUAAGCCAACUAACUGAAGACAAGGCAGACCUGAGUAGCAAAUGCAGUAACCUACAAACAAAGGUGACAAUUCUUUUGAAAGACAAAGAACGUCAACGCAACAGGUUGAAGUAUUACAGAAUGGAGAAGUCGAAGAUUCAAAAAGAGCUGAAAGAACUGAGAAAGAAAGAUAAAGCAAGAGAGAAAGAGAUGUCAAGAAUACAAGCACAAGUUGAAGAUCUUCAAGCUCAACUGGAAGAGAAGGAGCACACCAUCAAGUUGCGUGACGGACCAUACACCAGCAGCCCGUUCACAGCAGAUGUCAGGGCGUGCUAUAUGGAGUUGGUGGCCCUAGAAGUUAGCGCACGCAACAUGUCCAAAGUGGUCCACUCAGUUUUAACCACACUUGGAAAGUUUAAUGUAGAGCUGAAGGACUUUCCCGGUGAAACAUUUAGUCAGCUGGUUAGGCUUGAAGCCGAUCUUGUUUCUUCGAUUCAAGCAGCACAAGCAGUGUCAGAAGCCACCAAUGCGACUCUACAGAGUGAUUCUACCAGUAGAGACGGUGUGAAAUUCACUGGCUUUCAGGCAAACACGGCCAAAGGAAGGACGGAAACAAUUGGGUGCCUUCAGGUUCCAAGUGGAGAAUCGGCUGAUCAACUGGAGGCCUUUAAGUUCCUGCUGCACACACACACACACUGACAGACAAGCUAACAAUGCUUUACUCUUUGGGGGUGAAGUCCAUACAGAAAUUUCAAUAACCUGUAAGAAAAGGAGUCCACCGUGAAUAGUUUCAUCAGGUUGGUAAGACACUGAGUAAAGAGAGUCUUUUUACACAACCAAGUCUUUUAUUCAGCUGACGAU